CAAGCAGCAUCUUCAACUGUGUUUGUUCUAUCCACCUUCGAGACCAAACCCAUCGAAGGGAGAUAGCCUCGCUUAUUUCCAUUAGAACUUCUAAUCUCUAAAAUCGCCACUUGCGCAAAAUAUGUCAGAAACCACCAACCAAGCCGGCAACAAUACUGCCUCAGCACCACCAGGAAAUCCAUCUAAACCCAUCAAAUGUAUGUACCCAAACCAGAUGACCUUUACCGACGACAAUGGCAAGGUGUGGGUCAUCUAUAUGCCGAGGAAGGACUACAAGAGGGCUAUGGAGCUGUAUAAGGCCAAGAACUACGCUGAGCUUACCAAGUUUCCACCAUGGGCCAACCAGCAGUAUACGGAGGAGUAUUAUUUUGAUGCGGAGGAGGAGGCUGAUGCUUAGGAACCAGAGUAAUGGUAUUGUAUUCCAGUGCUAUCAUAGUCGUGCAUUGUUUGAAACGAAUAAAGGAUGUCGUAGAUAUCGGUACUUAAUAGGCAAGGGCCCGAAUAGUUUGCCUAAUAUAUAGUUAAGAGGUGGGUAAACCAUCCGAAAGGGGUAGGCAGAGUCUGUUAUACCCAUAGAGUACUCUUUAGGUAGCUAAUAUAGAUAUUUACGCC